AUGGAAGCCACGCUUAUACCCAACCCGAAGGACUCCAACGCUACCAUUUUGUUGAUGGGACUCCGUCGAGGCGGAAAGUCGUCCAUAUGUAAGGUUGUGUUCCACAAUAUGCAACCGUUGGACACGUUAUACUUGGAGCUGACAUCCAAACCAACGACGGAGCAGUUUUCGUCGCUUAUCGACUUGUCUGUGAUGGAACUCCCCGGCCAGUUGAACUACUUUGAGCCCAAUGUAGACUCCGAGAGAUUGUUUUCCUCGGUAGGGGCGUUGGUUUACGUGAUCGACUCGCAAGACGAGUACUUGAAUGCGUUGACCAAUUUGUCGAUGAUUAUCGAAUUUGCAUACCUGGUGAACCCGAAGAUUCACAUCGAGGUGUUGAUACAUAAGAUCGAUGGGCUCCUGGAAGACUACCGGAUGGAUGCCCAGAGAGAUAUCAUGCAGAGAACAGGGGACGAGCUCUUGGACUUGGGUUUGGAAGGCGUACAGGUGAGCUUCUACUUGACGUCUAUCUUCGACCACUCCAUCUACGAGGCGUUCUCCCGUAUCGUACAGAAAUUGAUCCCAGAGUUGCCCCUGUUGGAGAACAUGUUGGAUAACUUGGUACAGCACUCUCUGAUUGAUAAGGUGUUCCUUUUCGACGCCAACCUGAAAAUCUACGUAGCCACGGACUCCUCGCCUGUAGAUAUCCAGACCUAUGAAGUUUGUGCCGAGUUUAUCGAUAUAACGAUCGACUUGGAGGACUUGUACGUGGACGAUGUGAAUGAGUCUACUUACGGCGGUGGCCAGAGCAAUAACAACAGAAGCGGCGGUAAGGACCUCAAAUCUGUGUCCCACUUGUCAAACGGAUCUAGUUUAUAUCUCAAGCAGAUGAUAAGAGGAUUGGCGCUCGUUGCAUUGAUUAGAAAUGACGAAGUCAACAACCUCUCGUUGGACUCAACUUUGGCCAUCAUUGACUAUAAUGUGAACCAUUUUAAGAAAUCGUUAAUGAAGAUGUGGGAAAACUCGAGGUUGGUCUACGAUCAAGACGGACAAGUAGGCGAGUGA